AUGAUUGGUGGGCGUCCUCUAGAUGUCUUGGUCAUCAGCAACAGUACCAAACUGAGCAGCAGUGAUGCAUCGGGCGUCGCUAUGAAGGAGGCGCCGCCGAUGCAACAGCAUGCCGCCACAAGCACUCAUGAGGAUAGGCCGCAUUCAUCCGAGAUGCUAUCGAAAAUCGAGCCGUCUGCGAAAACUUCCACAAUACUCACAAAAGGGGUUUUGAAGGAUGCUAGUAUUGCUGCUUACUCGAAUCCUCAUGGCAUUUCGGCCGAGAAAGAGCAACGGUUGCGCGAGUUGUACGAAAGGUUGGACAUGAAUAAAGAUGGUACCAUUGAUAUACGGGAUCUGACAAAUGCACUGAAACAGAAAGCACCGCACAUUCCAAGUGGAAUUGCAUCUGAGCUCUUUGCGCGUAUCGAUCAUUCCAGUGAUGAUAAGAUCACAUUCGCUGAAUUUGUGCAAUAUGCUGUAGAGCAUGAGAAGAAGCUGGAAAUAAUCUUUCGCGAUUUGGACAGAAAUCAAGAUGGUUUUGUUGAUGUCCAGGAAAUCAAGAAAUACUGCGACGAUCUUGGUCUUCCAAUAAGUGAUGCACAAGCACAGGGGAUUGUUGAGUGGAUGGCACGCACUGGUUCAGCUUCCGUUAAUCUUCCGCAAUUCAUGGAUUUCAUGUUGCUUUAUCCGAGAUCAAAACCGGAAGAAAUUGCAAAAUUUUGGAAGCACAAUUUGGUGAUUGAUAUCGGCGAAGAUAGUUUGGUACCGGAGGAUUUUUCUCAGCAAGAAAUUGCCUCCGGAUUUUGGUGGAAACAUCUGGUUGCUGGUGGAGUGGCUGGAUGUAUGAGUCGAUCAAGCACGGCACCACUGGAUCGAGUGAAAAUAUACCUCCAAGUGAUUGAUAUAGGCGAAGAUAGUUUGGUACCGGAGGAUUUUUCUCAGCAAGAAAUUGCCUCCGGAUUUUGGUGGAAACAUCUGGUUGCUGGUGGAGUGGCUGGAUGUAUGAGUCGAUCAAGCACGGCACCACUGGAUCGAGUGAAAAUAUACCUCCAGGUUCAUGCAACUCGGCUAAAUCGUCUGCGAUUUCCAAAAGCAGUUCGGCUGCUCUACGAGGAAGGUGGGCUGAAGUCAUUUUGGCGAGGCAACGGUGUCAAUGUUGCAAAAAUUGCGCCCGAAUCAGCUAUAAAAUUUCUCUCGUAUGAUCUUGCUAAACGACUAAUCCUGAAAUACAGGGAAGAAGGCCACGAGCUUACAGUGUUGGAGCGUCUUGCUGCCGGUUCUUCUGCUGGUGUUAUAUCGCAGUCAUUAAUUUAUCCACUGGAA